AAAGGGUAUUGCAUUUGUCUCCAAUAUAUAGAAAUUGUGGAAGAUUUAUUUGGAUUCAUUUUAUAUUGUGAGUAAUGAAAUCACUCAAUAAUAAGCCUUUUUAAUUGCUCCAUCUUAAGGAAGAGUAACGCUUUGGUCUCUCACUCUUCCGUUUCGAUCUCUGCGACUUGUGAGCGAAAAAAAAUGGAGAAAAAGGAAGAAGAUGACACACCACUCAGAGGUAUAUUCUGCCUGAAAAGAAGACAAGACAUGAAAAGAUUCGAAGAAACAGAGGAUUGCUUUAUCCUUGAUUUCGAUCCUUUUGAUUCGUUCGACGUUAAAAAACUCACCUUUACCGAUGAUCAUCAUGAAGGUGACAAAGAUUUAGCCAUAAUCCAUGAAACAGGCCAGGUGGCUUGUAGAGAUUAUCCACAUCCAAGACAUUUAUGUUUGAACUUUCCAUUUGGAUCAACUCCUAAUCCAAGCCAUUGUGAUUUGUGUUACUGUUACGUGUGCGAUAAGCCUGCUCCUUGUGCAGAGUGGACUAUAUCGACUUCGCAUUGCAAUGCUUAUGACUCUACUUCGUGGAAUUUGUGUAGGACAAAGUGAAAUCUGGUUACAUCUAAGGAUUAGAGCUCUUCCUUAAUUAUGACUUCAUCAGUUAGGUAGACUAAUAGAUUAGGUUUAGGUUCUGGAGAAGUAAUUUGACGUAAUGGCAUUUCCUUAGUAUGAGAUUGUUUAUUAUGCCUUGAAGUUGUAUUUGCAGAUUUCUUGACAAGUUAUUGAGAAUUUUGCUUCCAAGUUGCUACCUUAAAUGUCUUAGGCUUUUCGCUAUCGAUAGUGUUUCAAAGGAAUGAGAUGGCUUAAGAAGUUGCAUAAUGUGUUUGUUUCUUCACUUCUCAUCGGAAGAUUACUCUUUUACUGUUCUUUGUUAUCUGCUUAAAGACAAAGUUAACGGAGAUAGCAAGAUUAUCUGCAUUGCUCUUUCCUCUUAAUCCCUAAGCGAUUCAAAAAAACAGAGAGGCUUGGAAUAAUAAUGUUCUAAUGGGCCU